AAGAAACAAACUUAGAAAAAAAACUGAAAAAAAAUGAAUGCUAAAGAGAAAAAAGAAUUUGAACUUAAGAAGAGUAUGGAGAUGAAAGCGAAGAUAGAAAAGUUGGACAACAUGAUAAAAAUGAUAAAUGAGAUAACUGCUACAUUUAAUAACAUUUGCGAUCAUUUAAGCGAAACUUGGAAGCCGCAGGAGCAAGAAGUAAGUAGGAUGAAUCUUGCAAAGAAUGAAGAAACAACUCUCCCACUUCCAACAUAUGAUCCAGAUUAUAUAGAAAAAAUGAAUGAUAAGAUAAUGAAUAAAAUGGAAGAAUUCUCUCAGCUUCUCAAGUUGUCAUCAGUUGAUUUGGAACAUGCUCAGAAAGUUGAAGAAGAAUGGAAUGCUAAUCAGAAUAAUCAAAAGAAACCAUAUAUUAAAUAUAAUCCUAAAGAUGAAGAAAAAAUUAUUGUAGACCUUAAAGAAGUGAUGCAAAAAACGAGUCAACAAGUUACAAAUACGUUUUCUAAGGAUUAUAAAACGUAUUUUAAAAAAUGUAAAAAUGAAGAACAACGUAUCAUUACAGAAUUGCCUUUUCUCAACCGAACAAAAUUAUAUGAUGCAAGAAGCAAAACAAAAAUCAUGUAAAGUAGAAAUUGAUAAAACUGACUCAGACAAUUCGGGACGAGUUUCAACGUUUACGGUUCUAGUAAAUAAUUUCUUAAAGGUUUAUAUAUCAUUGAAAUAUAAUGAUAUUGAUGGUUCUUCUUUAACGAUCUCAAGAAUAGCUUUUUUU